GCCACCAAGUGGACAGCGGCUGAAACCGGAUCUCGCCUAGGCUACUUAAGGCAGCACCAAGAGAAAAAGGGAGGGAGGGAUGUAAUAUCACACCCUUGCUAUGGCUACAGCAAUGUGGACUGGUCGGGGACGGAGGGCUGUGGCUCUUGUCGGGACAGUGACAAGAUCCAGAUCCAGCCACACCGCUUUAAAAUCCCAGUAUGACGCUCUGGUCAUCGGAGGAGGACACAAUGGACUGGUGGCAGNNGCCUAUCUUCAAAAGGGAGGACUGAAGACAGCAGUACUGGAGCGCAGACAUGUGCUGGGAGGAGCUGCUGUUACAGAGGAAAUUUUUCCUGGUUUCCUCUUCUCCAGGUGUUCCUAUUUGCUAAGCUUAUUAAGACCCCACAUAUAUGCAGAGUUGGAGCUCAAGAAACAUGGGCUAAAUGUGUAUUUGAGGGAUCCCCAUGCUUUCACCCCCUUGUUGGAGGAGGGGGUGAGGAGUGCCCCACCAAGGUCUCUCACCCUGGGCUCAGAUAUGGCCAUGAACCAAAUGGAGAUUGGCAAGUUCUCACAGAAGGACGCCAAGGCCUUUCCGGAUUUUGUUGCACACCUUGAGAAGCUAGCGGGAGCUAUCCAACCUCUUUUGGAUGCUCCUCCCGUCGACAUUCAAGGUGUUGCCACUAAAUCACUGAGGAAGAGGCUGGCUGCAGCUAAAACACUGAUGCCUAUUGUCAAAUGUGGUCUGAAACUGGGCAGAGACAUUCCCGAUUUUUAUGAGAUUAUAACUGCACCAAUAAUGAAGAUCCUCAACCAGUGGUUUGAGUCGGAGCCACUGAAAGCAACACUGGCUACUGAUGCUGUGAUAGGAGCCAUGACCAGUCCAAGUAAUCCUGGUAGUGGGUAUGUGCUCUUGCACCAUGUAAUGGGAGAGCUGGAGAAGGAGAAGGGAGCAUGGGGUUAUGUGGAGGGAGGCAUGGGAGGCGUGUCUCAGGCUAUUGCCAGGUCUGCUCGAUCCUAUGGUGUAGACAUUUUCACUGAGAGGGAUGUAGGACAGGUCUUGGUUGGUUCAGAUGGUGCUGCUAAGGGUGUGGCGCUAAAGGAUGGCACAGAGAUCCACAGUAAAGUUGUUUUAUCAAAUGCCACCCCAUAUGUUACCUUCAAGAACCUCACACCACAGGCUGCCCUUUCUCCAGAGUUCAUCAAAGCCGUGGAUCAAAUAGACUACACCUCACCUGUGACCAAGAUCAAUGUGGCAGUGGACAAGCUACCAAACUUUCUAGCAGCUCCCACACCAGACGAUAAACCUGGACCCCACCAUCAAUGUUCCAUUCAUCUCAACUGUGAAAGCGUGGAGCUCCUGGAGACUGCAUACAAGGAGGCCAUAAAUGGUCGUCCCUCAGCAAGACCCAUGCUGGAGAUGACUAUCCCCUCUGUGUUGGAUCCUACUCUGGCUCCCCCUGGCUGCCAUGCGGUGUCACUGUUCACCCAAUACCCCUACCACAUAGAGGGCAGGGAGUGGACCGACCAGGACAAGGAGGCCUACGCAGACACUGUAUUUGACUGGGUGGAGCAAUACGCACCAGGGUUUAAAAAGUCAGUUGUGGGCAGGGACAUCUUGGCUCCACCUGACCUGGAGAGGAUCUUUGGGCUCACUGGAGGGAAUAUUUUCCAUGGAUCAAUGUCGCUGGACCAACUCUACCUAGCACGACCUUUGCCCUCUCUCUCAGACUACCGUUCACCAAUCAAAGGGCUGUAUCUGUGUGGCAGUGGCUCUCAUCCAGGUGGUGGUGUAAUGGGUUCCCCCGGUUGGAACGCAGCGCUCGCUGUCAUGGCUGACCUGAAGCGUCGCUGAAAGAUCUGAUGCCAUUAGUGUGUGGUCCGCCUAUCAGUGUGAAUUUGACUGAUUUGAGAAAAUAAUUUCAAAACUCACUCCAACUAUCUAUCUGAUCAGCUGUCUCUCCACCACAUUAUGUUUGUUAGGGUAUCUGAAAAGAAAAAGGUUGAUUCAAUAAUACAAGUUACAUGGGAUGAAAGACGAGAGGGGAGUAAAAGAGUAAAAGAGGCUUUUAGGCUUUUUAUAUUGUAGGUCGUCCAUGUCAAAAGUCCACUAGUCAAUCACUCCUGAUGUUAAACACUAAUGAUAAAUCCAUUUAGAGAAUAACUGACAACUUGUCUCAAUGAAAUUAACUGUUAAUCUAAUGAUGGCAAUUAACCACAAUGGGACUUUUUACAACUUUUUAUGAAUAAAUUCAAAUGAUAUCAA